UCCGGCGCCGUCAGCCCUCCAGCCGUAUGUUAGUUUUUUUGCUCUUCUUCUCUCGACUUGAGGCUUUACGUUUGAUUUAAAUUAUUUCGCAGAGGCUGAAGGACUUUGAGGAGAAGCGGCGAGGCCAGAGCUCAGGAGAAAGAGGGGAGCUUCUAGGUUAGACUUUUUAAGAGAAUCCUGUACGUUACUACAAUGGCAACUGCUCAGCUCUCCCACUCUAUCAAAAUUCGCAAGGCAUCUAAGGAAACAAUUUUCCCAUCACAAGUCACUAAUGAGCAUGAGUCAAUGAUAAUGGUGAAGAAACUUUUCGCUACUUCUGUCUCAUGCAUAACAUACCUAAGGGGAUUGUUUCCAGAGAGCUCUUACAGAGAACACCAUUUGGAUGACCUCAAUUUAAAAAUCCUCCGAGAAGAUAAAAAAUGUCCUGGGUCAUUGCAUAUUAUCAAAUGGAUUCGAGGUUGUUUUGAUGCUUUGGAAAAGAGAUAUCUACACAUGGCAGUACUUACACUUUACACAAAUCCCAAGGAACCCGAGAAAGUGACUGAGAUAUACCAGUUCAAAUUCAAAUAUGCAAAAGAAGGCGCCAGUAUGGAUUUUGACAGCAGUAGUACAAGCUUCGAAAGUAGGACAAACAGUGAAGAUAUUAAGAAAGCCAGUAUUCUUCUGAUCCGUAAAUUGUAUGUACUGAUGCAGAACCUUGGACCCCUUCCUAAUGAUGUUACACUUACUAUGAAACUCCACUACUAUAAUGCAGUGACCCCAAAUGAUUACCAACCCCCUGGUUUUAAAGAAGAGGUAAAGUCACACUUCCUGUUGUUCCAAGGGGAGCCUGUAAACCUGCAAGUGGGAUUGGUCUCCACUGGCUUCCAUCGCAUGAAAGUAAAAGUCACAACAGAGGCUAGCAGAGUGUCAGAUAUGGGGACCAGUGUCUUUCAGAACAGCACCACUGAGAUUGUGCAUCAGGGUCUGGACUGCGAUGAGGAAGAAGAGGAAGGCAACGAUCAUCCGCGAAACAAGGAUGGUAACCCACCUAGGGUUUUUAACGACCAGGAGGUAGAAGCAGUGGGUCGCGACAGUCUGCUCUCGACCUGUGUGGCGCCUGGAAUCCCUCCCUCUGUGUGGGCUCCGGGAUCGGUGGAGCAGGGGUAG